ACAUCACUUCUGUCAGCUAUCGAGGCAGCGGCUCCUCGAAUCCCCUCCAGUGCGAAUAGGUUCUUCGGAAAACUACUUCAAAACCGGAUCAGAAAAGAGGUCGAAAUGCCGGUCAGACGAGGAGACAGAGUAGCGGUCAUCACGCGCUCCCUGUGCCGCUACGAGGGAAAUUAUCUAACGAUGAACAACGAGAAGCAAACUUUCACUCUCAGUGAUGUGAAAGCUUUCGGUACUGAGAAUCGUCGAGCGGAAGACUUCUUCCCGGCUGUGCAAGACACAUAUGAAUGCGUCGAAUUCGACGCUGGCGACGUGAAUAGUUUGAGCGUCGUUGAUUUCCGUGAUCUCAGAGACCCUGCUAUCGUCAAUGUCCAUGGGAAUCGCCGGAACGACCGCCACGACUGGAACGAGCAAGAAUUCCAUCGGGGCCCGCUGCGAGACUUGAACUCGCGAGGGAGGACCUUCACCCGCGGUCCACGAGUCUUCGGAAAUUCGAACAGAUCUUUUCGAAAUGAUUGGAUCGGUCUAGGAGCCAAGAGCGAGGGCAGCUUCCCUCAAAGAAACCCCGGAGCUUCCGGCAAUUCUCUGGAGGAGUUCGAUUUCGAGAAGGGAAUCGAAGAAUUCACCCAACUUAAGUUGAAUGAGUCCGUCGAAGAUUUCGAUCCUGAGAAGCAAUCACCGGAGACAAGCCCCGAAAAGCAGAUACCUCAAGAUGAUGAUCUCGUUUCGAGUCCCUACGAUAAGCAGAAAUCUUUCUUCGACAACUUGAGUAACUCCGCUGGCAUGGGUCCUCGAAAGCCGUGGUUCCCUCAACGAACCAGGAAUCCAAACAUCGAGACCUUCGGCUUGGAUACGGUGCAACAGCUUUACGACUACCAUCGAGUCUCGAACGAUCAACGUUAUGGCUUCCGUAGCCGAGGCAACUUCCGAAGGAACGCUGGAGGAGGCUUCAAUGAAAAUGUGCUGUCGCAUGGCUCCAGGAAUCGUCAGAACGCCGGGCCAUUCCACAACGCCGUCAGCUUUCACUAGUAGCGGUCGGCAUCGACCCAACCCUCCGGGUCUGGUCCGCUCUCCAAUAUUAUCGAAUUUACCAGAUGCUGAUGGCUUUAAUUAUUUACUCGAAUAAAUUAAAAUCAGACUCAUUCUG